AUGUUGUUCAAAAUCAAAACAUUUCUCUACGAUGCAAUGAAACAUAUUGUUGAAGAAAAUGGCACCGUACGAUAUCGUCUAUUACAUAUUGUUGAUGUUUCGCUUUAUGUUUAUUGGUUGAUACGAAUUUUGUUCAUCUCAUUAAUCUUUAUUAAUCCAGAACUAUUUCCAUUAUAUCGAUAUGAUUAUGCAUCAUUGUAUUUCUGGAAUCAUCGAAACAUUCUUAAUAAAUUUUUUGCUUUGAUUCUCAUAUUAUUCGUAUUUACUGGAUUACUUGGUAUGCAAACAUUUUUCUUCAACAAUGUCAAUAAACAUGGUUUUCAACUUAUUUAUGAUUGUAUUGUUCGUAAUACUGAUCAAUAUUAUAAAAGCCGAGAUACGGAUGAAAAUAUUGCAAUGAAAUUGUCCCAACGUUUCGAGGAUUAUCAACAACAAUUUGCUCGUAAUCAUCGUUUAUUAUCACAAAUCACACCUAUUGCUAAUCGUAUGGUUUCAUUCAAAGUUUGGCGUGAUUCAUGGGUAGAAAUGGAUCGUAUAGACAAAAAUUUAUUCGGAAAAAUCAAUAAAAUGCGCUUGUUUCCUAAUGCAUCAAUAAAAGGACGUAAUUAUAUAUUAUUAUUCGUAUUGAUUAUGGAUUUCUGCAAUUAUUGUUUGCACAUUUUCAUCCUGUUGGUUCUUUUAAUUGGCGCAUUCAUAGUUAUUUAUUUUCAAAUUUCACAAUUCGAUAUUGUACAAAAUUCAUUUGUAUUGAAAUUAUCUUUAAUGAUUGAAUUAAUAUUAUUCAUACAUAAUACAUUUGUAAUGCUUCAAUGUGCAAUGCUACUAUCCGGUGUAAUAUUGGCAACAUAUCAUGCAUUUCACAAUCAAUUGGCUAAUAUGAAUCAAAAUUUUAUGAAAAUUUUAAAAAAUUCACAAAAUGGAAAACCAAUCAAUAUGACAGUGUUGAAAGAACUGCGAUUCAUCCAUAUUGAACAUAAUACAUUGUCAUAUUAUGUAUUACAUGGUGAUAAAACUACAUGGAGUCAGGCGCUUUACUAUUAUGCAUUGGUUAGCAUACCGAUUAAUGUAUUAUUUAUGUGUGAAUUAAUCGUUGAAGAUAUACCGGCGCAAACAGAAUUUGUAUUCAUAUUGAUUGCAUUGAUACAUGUCAUUACUGGUCUUAUUCCGUUUAUAACUUUAGCACAUGUUUCCAGUGCUUUUCAUAAAAUCAAAGAUUAUAUACCAGCUAUGCAGCUACAAUUGAAUCGUUCGACACAUAUUCGAAUGAAAUUGAAAUAUGAUGAUCUCUAUGAGCGUUUGAUGUCUGGUAAAAAAAUUGCUUUUACAUUCGGCUACCUCGGUAAUCUGACAUUUCGGGGGUUAUUCGAAGCAUUUCUUGGCUAUAUUGCCGCUUUCUUUCUUAUCAUGGGUUUCUAUAUACGAGAACAUUCAACAUGAAUAAUUAUGAUUUGAU